CAACCUUCUCUUUCUUUCUUCUUCUAUAAUAAAAUCCCCAAAACAAUCAAAAUUCCUAAAAUCUAGCAAAAAACAAAUGAAAAUCAAAAACCAAGAUUAAAAUUAAUCACUAAGGCCCUAAUUUAGAAUAGCAAGUGAGAGAAUAUCAAGAUCAAGGUUAUUUUUUUUGAUAUAGUAAAGAUCAAGAUUGAGAACGCCAUUCUUUAUCAAUUUCAAAAUUUCAGACACUCACCAAUUUGCCAUUCACCUUCUUUUUCAACCUACUACUAGUUCUACACUUUUAGAAAAGUGUUCAAUUUGUUCCAUCAAGUGUUCCCUAUGAUGAUGAUGCCAUGACGACUAUACGACUACUUCUAGUACUAGUGGUGUUCGAACAAUAUCAGAGAUGCAUUCAAUUCAGAGGUACAACUACUUUUUCCAUUGUCGGGUAGACUAAGCCUAAGCUUCCAACCUCCGAUUCCAUCACUCUCUUCUCAAACGUCACCGCUCCAUAGCCUCUGGGUUUUCGUGAUCCUACUCGUCCUGAUCAUGUUUGUCUUCUUCGUAAGUCCCUUUAUGGUCUCAAACAGGCUCCUCGUGCAUGGUAAUACCGAUUUGAUACUUUUGCAACUACUAUUGGCUUUUCUAACAGCAUUUCUGAUAAUUCCCUAUUUGUUUAUCGUCAUGGAUCUGAUAUUGCUUAUCUGCUAUUAUAUGUGGACGAUAUUAUUCUCACCGCUUCCUCAGAUACACUUCGUGAGUCCAUUAUGUCCAAACUUAGCUCUGAAUUUGCCAUGAAGGAUUUGGGUCCUCUUAAUUAUUUCUUGGGUAUUGCUGUUACUCGCACUUCUACGGGCCUCUUUCUCUCUCAACAAAGGUAUGCCUCUGAAAUUCUUGAAAAGGCUGGCAUGUCCCAAUGUAAUUCUGUUGCUACUCCUGUUGCUACCUCCGGCAAACUUUGUGCUAAUGCUGGUUCUCCUUGUGACGAUCCUACCUUGUAUCGUAGCCUAGCUGGUGCUCUACAGUAUCUUACUUUCACUCGCCCAGAUAUUUCAUAUGUUGUUCAGCAAGUUUGCCUCUAUAUGCAUGAUCCACGCAUUGAACAUAUGGCUGCUAUUCAUCGCAUCCUUCGCUAUGUCAAGGGUACUCUUUCCUAUGGACUGCAGUUGCAUCGUUCUAAUAUUUCCGCUCUUUUGUCCUAUACCGAUGCUGAUUGGGGUGGUUGUCCUGACACUCGCCGCUCAACUUCUGGUUACUGUGUUUUUCUAGGUGAUAACUUAAUUUCUUGGUCAGCUAAACGACAACCUAUUGUUUCCAAAUCCAGUGCUGAGGCUGAAUAUCGUGGUGUUGCUAAUGUUGUUUCUGAAACUUGUUGGAUUCGCAAUUUACUUCUUGAGCUGCACUGUCCUAUUACCACAGCUACCAUCGUCUAUUGCGACUAAAUUAGUGCCGUUUAUUUGGCUGGUAAUCCGGUUCAUCAUCAGCGCACUAAGCAUAUUGAGAUCGACAUUCACUUUGUUCGAGAAAAAGUUAAACGUGGAAAUGUUCGAGUGCUUCAUGUUCCAUCUCGUUAUCAGAUCGCUGACAUUUUCACCAAAGGCCUUCCUCAAGUGUUAUUUGAUGACUUUCGUUCCAGUCUCAGCGUCUCCAAACCGCCCGAUUCGACUGCGGGGGUGUAUUAGAAUAUUAGAAUAUCUUAGCAUAAAAUCUCUUUGAUUUCUUUGUGAUUAUGUAGAAUCUUUAUGAUAUUGUAGAAUAUUAGGACAAUAUUUAGUUUCCUAAAGUAUAUUGACAAUCUUGUAUAUAUAGACAUUAUCAUUAAUGAGAAAGGCAACCGAGUCAUUCUUACACCUAAGGCCUGCACUACCAAUUCAACAUGAUUAUUUUCGUGGCUAUGGAGUCUUAGGAUCUCUUGCAAUUUAAGAUCAUGAUCCUUGAGAGGAUCAUGCUUUUAAUUCUAAUUAGUACCAAACAUAUCAAUGACCAUUGACAGAUCUACAGCAUAUCUGUUCGAUGACUGAUUUGUGGCAAUCUGCAUGGUCGCAAAGUCCAAGUUCCUAAGAGUGUGUUAUCAAAGAGACAUCUGCUUACAGAUGCAACCUUUGUGCCUUCAAUGUUUCGACCAAUCUCGGGAGAAACAAAAGCAGCGAGAAGAGUGGUUGAAGCCAUGUCUUGAAGUUGGUCAACAACAAUGAUAGUACCAGUGCCAUGAAAAUGUGACAAAAACUCAAUACUUAGAGAUGACAUAUCAAUAUAUUUACGAGCCGACCAUUGUGCAUCUUUGUGUUCUGCUUCAAAUAGAUCUCUCAAUAGUCAGAUUUGUCACUAGUGGAGUACCCAUCGUAAAAAAAGGGGUGGAUAGAUUACGGGGGAAAAAAUUCUCCUAACCCUCCAAUUGUCUUCUAAUAGUUCUUACAAAUUUGCUGCCUUCAAAUGUACUCAUCUUUAUGUACAUUUGAACCUCGCAAAAAGGCUAAACUAAGAGUACAAACCUAUCAUAUGUUCCCUAUAUUUUUCAAAUGUUCUAUCAAAUUAUUCCAUAAAUGAUCUUUCACACUUCAAUCCAAAUUUUAUUCUUAUACGAUUGAUUCUUGAACUUCAUAACUUACUUUUUGCUUGACUUUUUGUCACUUAUUUGUCAAGUUUCUUCAAUGGUUUUGAAGUUGAGUCUUUGGAUUGUGAGUUGAAAAUUUGUGCAAUAGUAGUAUUCUGGUUUAAAUAAUAAAUACCUUGAGAAUUUAAAGGAACAACAAGUGUAUUAUCACAAUGGUGCUAAAAGUGGCAUAAGGCUUUAUAAGAGUAUGAUUUAAUUAUAAUUCAUAAUAUAUGAGAAAACACCCUUUUAGAUAAUGACAAAAGGGCAAAAAAAAGAUUUGAUGAUGUUCUUCUUUAUAUCUUCUCUUGUUUUACACAUUGAUUCUUUCAUCAGAUGUUCCCAACUCAUAUAUUAUACAUACAUUGACUUGUUUAAUAGUUAUUACUUUGCAUAUAUUAAGGGGGACCUGUGAGGACAGUGAAAAGCCUCAUAGUGGUGGGUAGAAGAAGUCGAGAGAGAUUAAAGAGAGAGUGGAAAGAGAAAAUUAUGUUAGACUUAGGGGAGCUACACCUCUCUGCGGACCUGACUAGAGAUAGGAGUAGUUGGCGUCAGCUUAUCUGUGUCUUGAAGAAUUAGCAACAUAAAUUCAAAGUUUGAUGAUUAAGUAUAGAACAAAAUACAUGAUAAAAGUUCCCAAAAGGAACCCCAAAAGAGAAGAAGCCGACAUACACUAGAAGGUAUGCACAAAGACUUCAAGAAAGUUACACAGAAGUACAACCAAAAAGAUUGUAAAGUUUCGGAGUAGAAACAAAGAGGAUCUCAAGGUUGUUCCCAAAGAAACUUGCAUAAAGAAAAGCUUCAGAGUUGGAGCUACACUGGAGGACAUGAGAAUCAAGUAUGAGUGUACUAGGCUUCAUAUAAGUGAUGAAAUCAAUAAUAUAUUAAUAUACAGAAAGGAACAAGAGUAUGUCCAGGAAAAAGUCAGUUUAAGAACAAGAAUUUGUUCCUAUGCAAAGCCUCAUUUGUUACAUCUUAAAUCUGGAGUGUAAUUGAGCGGUUGGUAAAAUACGUAAAACACAAAUUACAGUUCGAACAAUAAAAAUCAACAAUUUUAUAAUGAUUUAAUUAUUAAAAUGAUUUUUAUAAAGAUGUUAAAGAUAAAUAAAAAUCUCUUAUUACAAAUUUUAUUAGGAAAAAAUCUUACAUUUGAGUUAUUUUUAAAAAUAUUAUA